GCAAAAAGCACGAAAAGACAAGCAGAGGAUCCAGAGAGCAAGUAGAAUCGCAGCGUAGCUACACGACAGUAGCCUGGAUACGCGGGAACAGGACCUAGGAAGGAAGCGACUCGGAUCGCCGCGAGUUUUUCUCCUUCCCUGAGAGCGCAACUUAUGCACAUGCAUAAUGCACCGGCUGGUGGACAUCUACGAUCGCGUGCCUCUGCUGGAUACCACCUACGUCAGAGACGCUGGUAUACACCAGCGGCGUUGCGGCGUAAACAGCACUAAAAGGAGCAGCAACAGCAACGACGACGCUCGUGUCCACUCCAGCAAGCAAGAAGGAGUGGGACACGAGAGUGGAGAGUUCGAAGACUUGCAGAGGAAAAAGAGAGAGAGAAAAAGAGGGGAAGAGAGAGAGAGAGAGAGAGAGAGAAGCUGAAGAGGUCGAAGAGGCGGGAGGCUGGAGACGAUCGACCAAGGAGGACGGUUCGAAAGAAAGAGGGAACGAGAGAAACGGUAGUCUAUGGUCCAGCGACUUCGUAGCAAGAAAGAAAAGAGAAGCGAGCUGAAACGAAGUCGAAGCUUGUGGUCUCUCGCCAACUCGUGGCCAGUUUCAGACGCGGCGCUCGACCGUCAAGCUCGCGAUCUCUCGAACGGACGACGAUCCCUGUCGCUCGCCUCGAGAUGCGAACAUCGUCGCAGACAUCUUUCGUCGAGCCCAUCGAAUCGAACUUCGAUGCUCCUGCCAGCUCGGUGAACUUUUGACUCGUUGCUCGUGGCUCGUCCCUCCACUUGGAGAGUUGCGACCGCGUUUCGCGAGUUCCCAAUCGUUGCUCGUUCAAAGUGAAAUCGAAAGUAACUUCGCUAAACUUGGAUCGUUUACUUGGAACGCGGAUCGUGUAUUGGUGUACGGGAAAUCGAGCACAGCGCUCGAUGCCCUGGGACUUGGUCGCGCGUCGUGAUCGACCAAACCGCAUCGUUGAAACGAACUGCCCUCCUCGAGCGGGCUCUAUCGUUAUGCUCGAUCGCGUUCGUUGAACAAGUUCUCGAGGCAACGAAGGGAGAAGAAUCUUGCGUGGAUAACAUGAUUUAUCAGCCGAAUCAUCAUCAGUCACCGACAAUGUCGUCCGCGAGGAAGACAUCGCCACGACCGCAGCGUCGAAGCUUGCAAGCAUCGUCGGCAAAGUGUGCGAACGCGAAAGCGAAACGCGGAGGCGAUAGGACUGGCAACGAGGAGAGAUGCAGAGGAAGGUGCAGGGUGCAGUGGAGCGAGAAACACGUGAAGGAGGGGUUGGUUCUCGUGCAAGAGGCGCAGCUUGCCAGAGUCGUCAAGACGGGGCCUAUCACGGAGCAUUACGAGAUCGACCCGAAGCCGUUCGCGAACGGACAAUGGGCGAAAGUUUAUCGAUGCAGAUCUCGGGCGACCGGUAUCCUGUACGCUGCAAAGUAUUCAUCGAGAAACCGAUUCAACGCGGACUGCAGCGCCGAGCUGAGACACGAGAUCGCUUUGCUGUCGCUCUGCUCGCAAUCGCAUCGCGUCAUUCGACUUCACGAUGUCUACGAGACGCCCAAAGAAAUUAUCCUCGUAAUGGAAUACGCCCCUGGUGGCGAUCUACAGACGCUCAUCGACGGCGAUUUGGUGCCCCUCGAAGGUGACGUGGUACACUUUGUGAGGCAGCUAGUAGAAGGACUCGCCUACCUCCACCAGAGAAAUAUCGCCCAUUUGGACAUCAAGCCGCAAAAUUUGGUAAUGAUGGGCAGCUUCCCGGAAUGCGAGGUGAAGCUCUGCGACUUCGAGAUCUCGAGAGUGAUAUUAGAGGGGACGGAGGUCCGAGAAAUCCUCGGCACACCGGAUUACGUGGCUCCUGAAAUUCUGCACUACGAGCCGAUCACGUUAGCCGCCGAUAUGUGGUCCGUGGGUGUAACGACUUACGUUCUUUUAACCGGAUUUUCUCCAUUCGGCGGUGAAACCGAUCAAGAAACGUUUCAAAACAUCUCUCUGGGCGAAGUAGAUUUUCCCGAAGAAUUGUUCGGCGACAUCUCGGCGCAGGCGAAAGAUUUCGUCGCGAAGCUUUUGGUGCUGGACCCGAGCGCACGAAUGACCGCGAAACAAUGCCUGCGUCACGAUUGGCUACGCGGCGCGCCUACGCAAGCGUCGCCACAUCUCCGAAGAUACCUGUCGAAGUCGAGAGAAGUGCUUCUGGAGCGGGUUGUCAGUCGCGAGAACCUGCGAAGAGCGGCGCUUUUGAGCCAGGCGAGCAGUCAGGCGAAUCUAUCGAGCGACGUUCAGGACUCGAAUCAUUCCGAUCAGAGCUUGCAAGACUGUUUGCUAAGUCAAAGCGAGAUGUGCCUGAGUCAUCGUCUCACAGGAAGCCGAUCUAGUCUCGAGGGUAGCGAAGACUUCCCAAGUCCAGCCGAUUCUCGAACGAGUCUCAACUCUUCCAGAACGAAUCUUAGCUGCACCAGUCAGAGUUGCUUGCUGAACAAAGAACAGACCCAGGGUUUGCUCAGUCGAGCGCAAAGUCGGUCACAGGCGAACUUAAAUCACGGUCUUAGUCGAGGACUUUUGUCUAGAAUACGAAGCCUAAAUCGAAUCCAGUCACAGGCGUGUUUGCUCAAUGAAAACUCUUCCGUAACCUCAGCUUCUUUACAACCGCGAAUGACGAUAAAUCCUGUGAUGAACAAGUCGCGGGAGAAACUGUACGGGCUGAGAUCGUUGUCCAAGUCUCAAGGGGUUUUGGACAUCUACAGAAGCCUCGAGUGUCUUAGACGAAGGAGGAAGAGCUACCAACGAGCCAAAACGGAGGAUGUGGUGCCCAUUUUCAAACGAUUAGGUGCUGAAAUCGAUACGUCCAACGUAUCGGACACGUCGAUUGAAACCACGUGCGACUCUGGAGAACGCCGAUCCUACGAUGAUGUUUCCAGUUUAACGGAGACGAAAAAACAUUUGGAUGGAGAGAGCAAAGAAUCUUCGCAGAAGAUCGCGACAGAAUUGGAGAUCAUGGGGCAAGUUAACGAUCGAUCGAGAAAAACCGAGCUGCAAGAAGAAGUCGUCAAAGAUCUGCAAGCAUCGAGGGAACAAGCUUUCGAGUCUGAAGAGAAUUUCGAUUCGUUGAAGUCGAUCGAAUCGGAUACGUUAACCGAAGAUUCGGACGAAACACCGGUGAAUCGCGAUAACGAAUCGAACCUGGUGGCCGGAAAACGACCCUGUCAACGACAACAUUCCGACGUUUCGAGUCACUCCAACAAUUCCGGCACGUCGGACGACAAAGAGGACCGAUCGACCGAGUCCGAAAAUGAGGAGCCAAAGUACACCGUGGCGCAGCUCGUAUCCGCGUUUAACAAGCACCAGGAAGUCGCCUCGAGGUCGAGUUUGGAAGCGAUAAUGACCGAGAAAAGAGUGAACGAAGUCACUUUUCCUACUGGCACAAAAGCUCUGAGGUUAUUCAUUCCGGAUAUCAACAUCAGCGAAAGCAAGAUCGUUAGACGGAAAACGAGUUACAAGCCGCGGAAGAAUUGGGAGGAGUUGAGGAAGAAGAGCGAGAAAGACGAGGGAAUAUUGAAGAACUUCGUCGAUUCGGGUAACGAGGACGAAAACGAGGAUAACGACGUUGCCUCUGAUCCUAAAAACGAUAGGAAACCGGAUAGCAAAACUGUGGACGAUCGAAAGGAUAAAGAGCAGGUUGAAUCGUCUUCCGAACAGUGGUCGAGUCCAUCGUCGAUUGGUCUCAACGAAGACUAUAUCUUCGAAGAAGCUACGGUUCAAGACAAUGUCGAUACAACAAUAGACGAAAAAUACAAGCAAUGCGUGAAGGGAGCCAGGUCGAUCACGAUGGAACCAUUGAGCGACAAAGCUCAGAGGACGAUUGUUAAUCCUCGUCAGAAAGAAAGGCUACCAAAUUAUAUUUACCCGGAAGUCGCGUGCCAUAUCAAAGACGAUUCUCAGGACUCGACUAGAAAAACAACUUCUGUAUCCGUGAACGGUAAAACGAAUUCGAAGGUGCAAAAAUCGGAUCGAACGAAACCGCUGUAUAAUACAGAGUGCGCGAACGUGAAUUUGAAAGACAUCUUGCAACGGGUAGACAGCUUUCAGAAUAAUCCGAGGGAGAACUUGGAAAAUUUAAGAAAAAGGACGUCCAUCGCGAAGGUAAUCUUGAACGACAAUCAGGAUAAAAACGAGGGAGAAAAUAGAUCGAGUACUCGAGCUCGAAGCGAGCCACCUUUGAAUUUGAGUCCCAAGGAGGAGGAUCAUAAGAUGAAAUUGGUUGUACCACCGUCUUUCGCGAGAUCUUCGUCUUUGUCCAGCGAGAGCAGUUGCCCUACUCCUUCUAGCGUGCACUCGGAUGCGAACACUUCUUGGGAAGACGUUCAACGUGGUACAGCGGGAUCUAACGUGUCCUUGGAGAAAGAAGAUCCCAGCAAAAUCCAGAGAAGGCACGAGAUUCAGAGAACUUCGAGCGAGGGAAGGAACAAGCAAUGCGCAGAUGACAAAAGGCUUUGGGGUAGAGUUUGUACGGGUUCUUACAGCAGAGCAAUGGAGAAGUUUAGCAAAAACAAUGACGCGAACAAGAAACCUAUUAACCAGCUAAAUGGAUCGCAACAAAAUGGAAAGAUUAGGAGGAAAAGCAGCCCUGCCAUGCCCCAAUACAUCAACCCGUAGAAAUACACUUCCCUUCCACGAAGACUGAUUAUAGAACUUGGCCUUGCUCGAUAUUACGGUGACUCAAGCCGGAAGAUCGAACAGCUGAACAUUUCUUUUCGCGAACUCUUUGACCGAGUUCGUUUGACAGAAACGAGACAAUCGAUUUAACGAUCUUCAAGCCUUGGCAAACCUUGGUGAAACAAUAUCGUAAGACUUAACCAAGUAACGUAGCUACGUUGGUCAUGUUCGAGUGGACCAAACCGGCGGAUAAAUAAUCUACAAGCGUGUGUCAUCAAAUAGUCGAACGACAAACCUGUCAUUAACAUCCCAUCUGGGCGUCGUGUGGUCAAAGAAGGCGAUCGAACGUGAUUGAUCGUCAUAGCCUUAUCCUUGACUUAAUCUCCAUAUCGAGCGACCUUCGAGAACUACUUUUUUCGAAGUGCGUAGUAUCGAUGGACACGUGGGUACCAAGAAAACGAAGCAACUAAUUUCGUCUGGAAAUAUGGUGCCGAUAAAAACGAGAGGAAAAGAAACAUCGAUAGUGUCUUGUAGCUUAACUCACGUUGCGAGGAACGUUGCGACAAUGUACGGCGUGCGAGAAACGCGAAUCUUCGUUCGCGUUCAAGGAAAUUGCUCACUCACGAGAGAUUAUCUUUUUACGAUACAUCUUUGCCUCUACUAAUUCUCUCUGUUACCCAUCGAAGCUUUAGAUAGUAACAAUCAGGAUUCAAUUGGUGCGCUGAAAAUGGUAACUCAAUUAUAUCGUAGUAGCUAGCGUCUUCUUAAAGCCGGUCUAAUAGUGUAUUUCAUUUAGAUUCUAAACGACUCGUUCAAUUUUGUAUCGAAGAUAUCGCAAUAAAGACUCCUUGCCGUUAAA